CGGGCGGAGUCCAGUCCGCUCCUCCUCGCCGCCCUGCGCGCUCCACGCCGCGCCUCGCACCCCGCGUCCGCUGCCCGGCCCGGCCGGCGCUGCCCACCUGAGGGAGCCCGCGCCCCGCGCCCGCCCGACCCUCCGCCCGCCCCGCGAGCUGGGCACCUGUGCCAGGAGCCCUGUUGAAUCCACCGAGAAGGGACGUUCAGAGCAAACACCAUGAGUAUCUCAGCUCUCGGAGGAGGCAGCAAAGGGAAGCCUCUCCCACCAGGCGAGGAGGAACGCAAUAAUGUCCUCAAGCAGAUGAAGGUUCGGACCACGCUGAAGGGGGACAAGAGCUGGAUCACCAAGCAGGAUGAAUCGGAGAGCCACACCCUCGAGCUGCCCUCGGGCCGGAGUCGUGCCAUAUCUUUUUCUUCAGCUGGGGAGGUCCCGAAGGCCAGGCCCCCGAGCGCGAGGGCUCCCACCGGCUAUAUCAUCCGGGGAGUGUUCACCAAGCCUGUAGACAGCUCGUCUCAGCCCCAGCAGCACUUACCCAAGGCCAACGGAGCUCCAAAACGCGCUGCCGGAACUCCCCGCCCCUCCUCCUCUGGCUACAGGAUGACCACAGAGGAUUACAAGAAGCUGGCACCCUACAACGUCAGGCGCAGCUCAGCGUCAGGGGCUGCUGAGGACGAGGAGGUGCCCUUCUCUUCUGAUGAGCAGAAACGGAGGUCAGAGGCUGCCAGCAGUGUGGUGAGGAAGACAGCUCCUCGGGAGCAUUCCUACGUCCUGUCGGCGGCCAAGAAGAGUGCCAGCAGCCUCGCCCAGGAGACCCAGGCCCCGUUCAUCGCAAAGAGGAUUGAGGUGGUGGAUGAGGACGGGCCUUCCAAGAAAAGCCAGGACCCACCUGCUCUGGCGCGAUCCCCUCCCGGCUCGAGCAGCGCAAGAGGUGAGGAGACUGUCCGCCUGCAGAUCACAACACCCGGGGCGGGACUCCGCCUGGUGGCCCCAGACCUGGAAGAAAUGAGGUCUUCCCCAGGCUCCAAGGACAACGAAGCCCCCAACCCCAGAGAGCCCAAGAGAGACUUGACUGGUGAAAGGGCCUUCAAGGGCCUUGGUGCAGACUCUGAAAGCAGAUCAAGUGAUGGCAACGUGGGAUCCGGAGCCACGGGCUCCACACCUGAAGGCUUGGCUGGAGCAGACAUCAGCUCUGGGAGAGGAGGGCUGUGCUCACCUGCUGUCUUUACCCCUCUGCUGGAUGAUCAGGAGGUGCCCAGUGCCAACUCGCAGCCUCAUAAGCCUGGACCAGCAGCCACCAGCUCUGGUGCCACUUCUCCCUCUGCUGUCCUGGCUGGCAGGAAGAGCAACAGCCCGGCACACCUGGAGGACAUGGAGACGGACCCAAAGGGUACCUCGGCUGAUUCUGAGGAGGAGAAUGUGGUCACCCAGGUGGGAGAUGCCUGGCAGGGGAGGCCUGGAGCCCAGCAAGAUGACCGGGGAGACCCAGCUGCACCCACCCAUAAGCCGGCAGACCCCAGCAGCCCCGAGCAGCAGAGCAGCCCCAGGAAUCCUGACCAGCACCUGGAAGUGGACAACCAGGCCAGCAGGGCGAGGAACCCCUCAAGCUGUAUGGUCACUGUUACUGUCACUGCCACCUCUGAGCAGCCUCAGGUUUACGUGCCAGGCUCCCCAAGUGAAUUGGAGUCUAACUCAACCAGCAAAGGGAUUCUCUUUAUGAAGGAGUACGUGAAUGCUGGUGAGGUAUCUUCCAGGAAGCCACUGUCUUCAUUCUACAGCAGGUGAGAAGUCCCAGAUCUUUCCAUGUCACGGCCUUCUCCUGCCAGGCCCUGUGUUGUCCUCAUUCCUGCAUCCCCAGUACCUCAUUAAGUACUUCACCCAGAGUACCUUCUGUGUAAUCAUUUCUUGAAUAGGUAGAUGAUUUAAUUGCUCACGGACAAGAUUUAUGCGUCUCCAGACGUUCUACCUGACUCGGUGCCUUUGUACUCCCCUUUUGUCAUUAACUCAUCCUACACUCCACCUCCAGCAGCAGCCGUUUCUGCCUGUAUUUGUUUCUCGGUAGACUACAGGCUUUCUUUUGUGAAAUCCUGAGAGCAUCACUCAUGAUAGAGCUGGUGAGGCCCCUAAGAACCAUCUAGUUAAUUCCAUCCUGUUCCAGAACUCAGGGCUCCUGUCUUCAGCUCGCACGCUCCUUCCAGCAUGCCAGGUUGCCUCAUCUGAACACACAUUGCUUGCUUCCGGAUGCCACCUCAGCUGAAAACUAACCCACACUGAGACAGUGUAUUCCUGGGAUUUUUUUUUUAUGACACGUCCAUCACCCCACUGCUAGGGCGAGGAUUUUAGUAACAGAGAGGUGCAUCCUGGCCUUAUUUCAGGAUUGGGCCUCUGGGGACUCCAGACCAGCUUUCACUGCUGCUGCGGAAUGAUGAUCAUGGGCGUAGGGGUCAAAUUCAAGUUCCUGCUCAGCCCCCAUUUGUUGGGUCAUUUUGGAGAAGAUGCUCAACCUUUAUGAGCCUCAGCUUCUUCACUUGUAACUCCUUAGAGUGAUUUUUCCUAGUAGCUUUAUUGAGAUAUAAUUAAUAUAUCAUAAAAUUCACUCUUUAAAGUGUACAGUCCAGUGGUUUUUGGUAUAUUUACAAUGUUGUGCAAUCAUCACCACCAUCCAAUUCCAGGACGUUUUUAUCACACAAAAAGGGAACCCCAGACCCAUUAGCAGCGUCCCCAGCACCACAAGCCACAGCCCCUGGCCACCACUAUUUUCUGUCUCUAUAGCUUUUUUCAGGGAGGUGGUUUUUUGUUUUUGUUUCUUUCUUUGGGGUUUUUUUUGACAUGCCACGCAGCAUGUGGGAUCUUAGUUCCCUAGCCAAG